CACUUUCUGUCAAAAUAUUAGUUCCCAGCGUAAUUUGGAAGUAUCAUUAUGACUCGGACUUAACACAAGGCAGCCCCUGACCCCCGCAGCCCGCAGACGCAGCAGGCCACACGGCCACACGUACCCCAGUAAAGCCCAUUCAGUUGGCUCGGGUACCGUACCGGUGGGCCUGCUGGAGCGGUUGGCUUUUGCCCGAACUUUAGAAGCCCAAACUGUCCUUCAUAACCUCUGCAAAAGCUCACUUUUCGAAGAGGUACAAAACCAAAAAGCAUACAUCUCCAAACGUCCCCUCUCGAGUAUAACCAAACAUGACGGUCAAGAAACAGUUUUCAGCCUUCGAGGAUUCCAAUGGAAAUCUCGUGGCUUCUGGUCCUUCUUUCAUUCCCGGCCAAGAUAUUUUGACCAAAGAGGAGGAGGAGGAAAUGAAGAAACGACGUAAGAAAGAGAAAAGGGAACGCAAGAAAGAGAAACGGCGCCUGAAAAAAGAGAAGAAGCUGAGAAAGAAGAAUGGCGAGCUGGAAAACCUGGCAGACUUUGAUCCCCAUCAAGCCAAACUGCAAGAGGCCCUGGAGAGACAAAAGAAACCUUGCUUGGGUUUGCAACGCCACAGCCUUGGUACUAUGGUUCAGACCUCUGUUGGUCAUAUUCAAAGGGAGCUGGAAGAUGUGGAAACCCGACGAGCGCGGAGGCGACGAACAAACUGCCGAUGCAGCAAAACGGAGAAAGAAGAAGUCGAAAAGGCCGACGAUGCUUGGGGUUUCUUUGUCGACGAAUCAUUGCAGCCACAGCCGGAUAAGAGCAAUAACGCUGUCGUGCGACUCCAUUCGAGCAACCCGAGUUUGAAGACCGAUGAUGGUUUCACCGAAGUACAGGCAAGCCGACUGCACCACAGCACUCCAACGCUCAGUGAAAGCGUUCCAGAUGAAUCAUGUAUGCGUGCGGAGAGCUUCGAAAGUGUGGAGUGGGGCAUAUCAUUUGCUGCCAUUGACAUUGAUGACGACUGCAGCCACUCCAGUUGUAGUAGCUCUGACGACGAUGACUCUAGCUGCAGCCUUGAUUGGUCUGAGCUGGACCUCUUCGUCACUUCCUUGCCGAGGAAAGAGAGUGCAUCUAACCCCACGCUCUCGUGCACCGCUUCUUUCGCGAACGUCAGCAAGACCUUAGGCAACUCUUCCUGUCCCAGCAUAUGUCCAAGUGCCCGAGACACCUGUGCCAAGAGCGCCAGGGAGAAACGUGGAGACCAGCAACGUUCGGAGCAGCGGAAAAGUGAUUGCUUGAUUCGUGUCCGGAACAAUGAUAAUGAGGCUAUCCCUCAUUUGUCCAAUAGCAACCUUGGAGCAACGGCUUCUAACGAAGACUGGCUUCCACCUUCGUACGGACGAUUUGAUCGGAUUCAGGCGAGGCGUUCUCGCAGCAUGAGCCAAAGUCUAAGCCAGAGUAUGUUGGGUCGUCGCAGUGUCAGUCCCGGAGGUCCGGCUGAUCCAUUAAAACCCAAACGGAAAAGCAUGAGAAGUAACGAACGCAAGGACCGUCAUCUCAGAAGAAGCCAAAGCAACAUGUCAUUGGCAGUAGACAAGAAGAAUCAUGGUGAAAACAAGGAACGCAGAAAGCAAGCCCAUAGAGGUCGUUCCGCGAGCCCCGAGCUAAAACCCCAGAAGAAGGAAGACAGCAGCCCAUCUCCUGAACCAAGAUUCUGUCGGAAAAGUGUUGGUCCCAAUGGUCCUGUUGCUGGUAGAGGCACUGAUCCAUCAAAACCCAAACGGACAAGCAAGAGAAGCACAGAACACAAGGACCUUGAACUCAGACGGAGUCGAAGCCACUCGGCAUUGACAGUAGACGAGAAAAGGCAUGGCGAAUGCAAGGAACCAAGAAGGAAAGCCCGAAGAAAUCGUUCCCUGAACCCACAAUCAGACGCCGAACAGCAGGUUGCUGAAAGCUACCUUGACAAAACGGGCAAGGCGGAGCGCAAGCGACACCGGGGUCGUUCAAACACGCAGAGACUAGGAAGUGGAAACGCCGGUAAUGUGAAGGCAUCAUCCAUCUCUUCUAUACUGGACGUUCUGGUUGACGGUCGGCCUUUGAUUCGCAGAGACGAUGAGUCAGAUGCAGCCGUUGACACGCAAGGCCAGAACAAGACCCUGUCUAAGCACUGCAAGAGAGUGAUUAGGAAAAGCACGAGUAUGGGAAGCCAACCAGAAGGAGCAUGUGAUUCUACCAUACUGGUACCGGUACGAACGAAGCCAGUCCUGGGGCUUGCGAAGUGUUUUUCUUCUCGUUUUGUUUUUGACCUUGGAAAGGGGCUCGAAAAUGCCCGACACUCCGAUACGACUGAAUCGUUCAAGCCCAAUACAACGUCCAAGAAUACCUCUGAGGAUCCCGUUUGCAGCCAUGAACGCACGACAAAAACUGUGGAAGCAACGAAGAAGCGGAUGCAAGACCUGCAGAAAACCUAUAAGGAAGCAACGAACGACUUGAUGCGGGCCAUUGAGCCCACAGCGGCUUGAACUGUCGCCAUGUGUAGAGCAAUAAAGAUACUUUAGAAUGAGAAACAACUUUGACGAGU